GCACACUGUAAUAAGUAGGCAUAUGGACUCGUACCUUUGUAAAGAGUUAUCUCCCUGUCUCUGGGCUUCAGAAUAAGUUGAUGAACACAGCGCAUCCAUGGUUUUAGCAUGAGUUUAGGUCUCUGCAUUACUUCUGGACACACUGGUAGCACCGGUCUAGGUCACUACAUGACCCCAGGAGACACUAGCAACACGAGUCUAGAUCUCUACUCGGUUCCUGUACACACUGGUAGCACCAGUCUAGGUCACUACAUGACCCCAGGAGACACUAGCGACACGAGUCUAGAUCUCUACUUGACCCCUGGACACACUGUCAACACGAAUCUAGAUCUAUACGUGAACCCUGGACACACUGUCAGCAUGAAUCUAGGUCUAUACGUGAACCUUGGACACACUGGUAGCACCGGUCUAGGUCACUACAUGACCCCAGGAGACACUAGCAACACGAGUCUAGAUCUCUACUCGAUUCCUGUACACACUGGUAGCACGAAUCUAGAUCUCUAUUUGACCCCUGGACACACUGUCAGCACGAAUCUAGGUCUAUACGUGAACCCUGGAUACAGUGACAGCACGAGUCUAGGUCUAUACGUGAACCCUUGACACAGUGACAGCACGAGUCUAGGUCUAUACGUGACCCCUGGACACAGUG